UGGAAAGGUGGAGUUAGCAGGGAAUUUUCUAAUUUGUUGGAGGCUAAGAUUUUCAGAAAGAGGAAAAAUUCAAGAUUUUAAUGAUCUAACAAAAUUUUGAUGUUUAACAAAAGUUUAAGAGGUAGCAAGGUAGAUGUUUCUUAUGCUGUCCACCAGAAAUCUGGUAACUAUUUUAUUUAAAAUUGGGAUAAUAACAAACAGUUUAAUUGAAACAUUGUUGCAAAAAUCAUUUUUGUUUCAUCUCGUCUCUUAGGUAAUUUCAUGAAACCACAUUUUAACAAAUUAUUUUAAUUUUUAACAAUUUUCUCUUUCUGCGUGUGAAACAAGUUGGUUAAAAAAAGAUAUCAAGAAUAUAUAAUAUGAACAAUAAAAACUUCUUCACAAUAAUACAAUACUUCUUGAGAGUGAGAAAUGGGACGGACUUCUCGAUUUGAGUAGAUAUAGAUAGUAAUAUUGUGAUAUUAAAAAAUCUUUGGCUUUUAUAAAAAAGCUUUCUCGCUGCUAUAUCAUCUUGUUUGUACACAUCUCGCGAAUAUAAACAAACAUAUGGUAGCAAUACAAAUCAAUAUUUUGACAAUGUGUGAUGUGAUUGAUUGCAUAGCUGCUUGUUGCAUGCAGAGACGUAUUACUUUAAAAGACGUGGGUGCGUAGACCAUUGACGUAUGCCAUUACUACAUUCUCGUCGAACCUCAUUAAGUUGGAAUUUCGAUUUACGUUAAAAAGAUUGUUUUAAAAACCGAACUGAUAAUUAUAAUUCUUUCUUAUGGUUUUAGAAAGAACACAAAACAUUAAACAAAAAUAAUGAAUGUGUCAUCAAAUCAAACAGAUUCUGAUCCAUAUGGUCUGCAAGCAAUUACAGACGGUGAAAGAUACUUCAACACUUUAUUUCUUACCAUUGUCAUGGUGCUAACGAUUCUUGGCAAUUCUAUCGCAUUGCAUGCGUUUAUAGUCACGCCAGAUUUGAAAAAAGUGACGUAUUAUUUUAUAGCUAGCUUAUGCAUCUCAGAUCUCAUGGUAGCUAUAUUCUCCAUUCCUCUAUGGAUAGUAGAAGUAUUAUCAAACUGGAGUAAACUUUCACAGACAUGGAGAGUAUUAUACGCAUGCGUUGAUAUACUUUGUGGUACAUGGUCUAUUAUGAGCCUAGCCAUGAUUAGCAUAGAAAGAUAUUUGUGUAUUACUUACGCAAUGAAAUACUUUAGAAUUAUGACGAUGAACAAGGUGUAUAUAAUAUUUGCCUUUGUCACUGUAUACAGUGUAACCGUGACGGUUGUGGAUAGUAAACAACUAAAAGACACGGGGUACAUAGUGAAACAGUUUGUAAUAUUCACGAUGUCGUUUGUUAUUCCUGUUCUGAUAAAGUUGUUUACGUAUGGAAAAAUAUAUGAGGAAGCUCGUAAACAAACUAAACAGAUAAACGCAUUGCAGAAGGUCGGUCAAAGCAUUCAUGAAAACGACAUAAACAAUGAUGCAGAAGUUAAUUCUGAUUCUAGUACUAAUUCUCUGAACAAAAAUAUACACUCUUCAAGUCGUGUGUCAUGGACAGCGUCACCUCUUGCAAGGAAAAGACAGUGUACGCAGGCACGCAUACAGGUUUUAAGUGAAGUUAACGAAGAUGACAAUGUUAGUGACUCACUAGAUGCAUCUGAAAAAACAUCAAGCACUAUUUCUUUUUACAAGUGGUUAUUUAAGCAUGAAAAGUACAAGCGCAAGAAAUACAACGUUACUGAUGAAAAUGGAAGCUUGAGUAACGGUAGUAAUAAAAUCAAUACUUCGCCUUUGGUAUUAGAUAAAAAAGAGAUAUUUGUUCGACAGGACACUAAUGGUAGCAUAGCAUCUGUUGUUAGAUACAACGCGAAGGCGACUUCCGUUGACCAGAACUCAAAAGGUAAUAAAGGUAUAAAGAAAAAGAAAAAGAGAAUGGCUCAGUCUAUGAAAGAAAGUUACAUUGUAAUUCAACCAGACGAUGUUGGUGAACGAAAAAGAUCUGUCUCUUGUCCAGACCCCUAUCGGCAAAACACGUCAAGAAAAAGUUUAGAACCAAAUGAUGCGUUUGGUAUUGAGACUGUUGAUGGUAAAAAGGUUGUUCAUGACCCUCUUUCUUCACCGUCUUUAUCUCAACGACUUCGAUCAUAUUCAAAAUGGAGUCCAACUAAUUCUCCAUUACUAUUACGGAAAAGUCUUCGAAGAAGUAAUAAUAAUAACAAUAAUAAUAAUAAUAGGCAUUUGCAAAAGUUAAGAAGAUUUAAGAAAGAAUUAAGAGCAGCGAAGGUUGUUGGACUCAUUAUGGGUACAUUUCUACUUUGUUGGACGCCAUUUAUGAUCAUGGUGUUGCUAGAUCCAUUAGGUGUGAUAGUUAAAGUGCGUUACGUUAUGAUAGCUAAGUAUCUGCACUAUUUAAACAGUGCAAUCAAUCCUAUAUUAUAUGUCAUUCUUAAUAAAGUUUAUCGAAAAGCAAUAUUAAAAGUCGUGAAGAAAAUCAAGAGACAUAUAUACUGCUCAUAGAUGAUGGACGAUAAAAUAUGCGUUUUGUUUUCUUAUUUUCAAUCGAAUUUUGAGCGUAUAGGGUCGGGAAAGGAAAAUAGCCUCAAACCAGUGCAGUAAAUAAGUUCAAUUCACAAUAUCUAUAAACUAAAAUGACUCUUAACUAUUUGUUCAUAUUUGCCUUGGCGGAGCAUAUGAGAAUUACGAAUUUUCAUAAGAUUCUUGUUUUUUUUAGUUUAGUGGUUCUAACAUAAGAAUACUGUAAAUGACCUUUCUUUUGCGAACCCACGUUUUACUUUUAAACAAUAAGACCUAUUAUUUGUAACCUGAAAUCCCAGCCUAAGAUUUUAAUAAAGCAUUUUAUUAAAUCAUAUGUCCGCCUAUGAACUUUAUUUGAUAAAUAGAACGCCCUUCACAUUUAAGCGCCUCGUUUAGAUAGAAGUCUAAGAUAAAAAAAAAAGUAUUAAAGACGUUUUAAGUAUGUAUAGUUUUAUGCUCGAAUAUUUUAUUUAUAUUAACAGAUUUUAUAAUGCAAACUUGUAAGUUAUCACAACAAAAGAAAUUAUACAGAAAUUGAAUUCGUAUAUUGUUUCUAUUAUAUUUUCGUUACUGUAUUACAUCUAAAAAACACGAUGCCUUGUUUUUGUAACUUUAACUUUAACAAUGACAUGAAACAACUUAUCACAAAAAAUUUUAUUCACAAUAAAUAAACGGGGAAAGCUUUUUUAGGAGCAAUGAGUAUUCAACCCGUAGAGAUCAUUGGUCAAAUGAGUGUAACUUUCAGAGCUUUUAUAACAAACAAAUUGAUGACAGAGAAGACGUCGUAUUGCAUAAAUAAAAGCUUUUUCAGCUAUAAAAACACAACCACAACAUAAAUAACCUGCUUCACUUGGUAUUACUUAAAUUUAUACAAUCAGUUUUUGUUAAUAAAUAAACAAAAUAGAAGAUUGUAUUUUAAAAAAAAAAUUAUUUACAAGAAUAUUUUAUUAAUUUAGGGCGGUGGUGUUGCUUAACGCCUUCAGAUGGGGCCAAAGUCUGGCAGGUUGUCAAAAAAAAGGAGGAUUUUAAAGAUGAUCAUGUAAACAAUAUGAAAAUAACUUCAAAACAUAAAAAAAUCAUUUGGAAUUGUGGUGUAUAAGGUGUAUUGACGAAAAGGUCCGUUGACUGAAAAUGAACAUGUCAUUAAGAACAUUG